UGCGAGGAGCCACUCUCCACCGGAGAUAUCUGCGUGUUCGCAUCCAGAGCAGGACCGAACACUUGCUGGCAUCCGGGAUGUUUCUGCUGCUUCGUCUGUCGGGAAUUGCUUGUCGAUCUGAUCUAUUUCUUCAAGGAAGGACGCCUCUACUGCGGAAGACAUCACGCGGAAACGAUCAAACCCAGGUGCUCGGCUUGCGACGAGAUCAUCUUGGCUGAUGAAUGCACGGAAGCCGAAGGCAGAGCGUGGCACAUGAAGCAUUUCGCGUGCUCGGAAUGCGAACGGCAAUUGGGCGGACAACGUUACAUAAUGCGCGACGGAAGGCCCUACUGUCUCCACUGCUUCGAUGCUAUGUUUGCAGAAUACUGCGAUUCCUGCGGAGAACCGAUCGGUGUUGACCAAGGACAGAUGUCUCACGAGGGUCAACAUUGGCACGCUACCGAAAUCUGCUUCUGCUGCCACACGUGCAGGACUUCGCUGCUAGGAAGACCUUUCUUGCCACGCAGAGGUGCCAUUUAUUGUUCCAUAGCCUGCAGCAAAGGCGAACCUCCGACGCCAUCCGACAGCUCCGGUCCUGGAGUACGACUACCAAGACAACGACCGAAACGAAUCCCAAGUCCAAAUGAUUCCAGCACCCCGCCUUCUCCUAGAAGGUUAGUCCCACCUUCACCAACAAGCUCUCCUUCAUCACCACCAAGCAUGCUGCACGGCCAAUACUCAAGGCAAAGCAGUCUACCGAGAUCCCCGAAGAUGGGUCGGAGAGCGUUGAAAUCACCGAAAACGGAUAACAGCACAGAAGAGGAGAAGGUGCCUUCAAGUCCGAAAGGUUUGGAUCGCGUUCUACUGGAGAGGAAUCUGGAACGGUUGAUAUGCGAACGGUCAACGCAAGACUUGGAGAAAUUACUGCACGCCCGAGAUCGCAGCAGGGAACCUCUGCAUUUAGCGGAUCUUAGCUUGGACGAUUGGCCUAGAGAUUUGGACGAAUCCAAGACCCUUGAGGAUAACCCGCCGCACGCGUCUUCCAUGCCUGAGCUGCAGGUGGCCAAAUCUACAGAUACCACGCCGCUUCCAACUCCAAGCUCUCCAAAGAAAGGGAAGGUUCGAUUUCAGGGUGACAACGAGGCCUUCGAAAUUGAUGAAACGGACAACGUAGAGACGAAGAAGUUCCCUCGAAGUCGCAGCUACUCGGGCCGAUCCAAACACAGCGAAUCGUCUAGCAGCAGCAGCAGGAAGGCCCCCAGGAAAACCAGUUCGGAAUCUCAUAUGAGCAGCGCUCCGACGACCAGCAAAAAUACAUCGCAUCACGACGACGACGAUAGCUACUGCUCAACGUGUUCGUCAAGUUCUUCCAGCGAUGAUCUCGAUUACCAAUUGCCGCCACGACGUGCAUAUGGCGGAGUCAGGAUUAGCUACGUACCGAACGACGCCUUGGCCUGCGCCAGGCGUCGUCAGGCCGGUAUGUUGAAAUCUCCUAGCAACAAGAAAGUAGCAGAAGAGGAGAAAGAUAAGAAUUGCGUAAUUUCAUAAAUAAGUUGCCAAAAAUAUGCAUGACGAGAAGAGAAAUGUUGUAACGAAAAAGCCUGAUUAUUGCCUUCAGUGUUUCUAUAUAAAUAUUCAAACGUUUUUUUUUUUUGAUAUUAAGUCUUCCGAGUCCUAAGAGAAUUGCUAACAGUGCUGCCGUUUCAAACCAAAUAUUGGACAGACAUAUUGGCAUUCCUCCAUGUCGUAAUCGUAACAAGAUUGGAUGAUUUAUGUAAAAUGUAUUAUUACUAUAACUAAACGAUUAUACGAUCAGGGUAACUUAUCCAAUUACUAACCAAUAUAUGCCUAAAUAUUGCCUUGAGUGUGUUAGCUUCAAGUGUGUCUCAUUGGUACAAAAAAAAUAAUAAUAAUAAACAACAUUUAUUCUAUAUAAUGAAAUGUAUUUAUACCUUAUAAUUUUUCAGCAGUAUGAUUUAAUUUCUUUUUACAUGUAUACACGAGGAAUGGAAUACGGAAU